UAAAAGUGAUUUAAAAGUUGUCUAGAAAAGUUAGUACAACGGUUAAAUUUGGACCUGUCGGGUAAUGCUGAUGGGGGUUUCACUGAUUUCUUGAAGUUUUUUCGAAAAUUAUUUAUCCAAAUAACGAAAUAGUAAUUUCAUUCACAUAAACAUUACCUUGCUACAAAUCAUUUAGAUAGAUAGAUAGAUAGAUAGAUAGUUUAUUUUAUAUGCAAGAGAUACAAAGAUCUAUAGUAGCACUAUAUAUUUAACUUUUUUCUUAAAGAAUUUAGUGCUUUUAAAAUUGAUCUUGAAAUCUUAACCAUUUCAGAAUAAAAAAAACGAAUAAUUUUUUAAAUCUUGAAUUUAAUACUUUUUAAGCUUGAUUGUAGAACUUUUUCGGUUUAAAUUUAGUAGUUUUAUACUUGAUUUUAGCAACUUUUAGGUUUUUGCUCUUCAAUCUGAACCUUAUUAGGACUAAAAUUAAUUUCGAAAUACCUCAGAAUUUGCAUGAAUUAAAAAAUUUCCUGUUUGCAAAAAAUUUCUUUAGUUAUGAGUUAUUAUUCGUGAAGAUUCAUUUUCACCGUUCAACUACUUCUAGGAACUGACAGAAAUGGAUGAAGUCCUUCAUGUUUUCACUUCUCCUUUCAAAGUGAUACAAUAAGAUGAAAAUAUUUUGGAAUUUUCUUAAAAGAAUGUGGGAAAAGGCAUGUCAUAUAAGUAUGUACUUAAUUCCUAAUUUUUCCCACCGGAAGAUGAAAGAAAUAAGUCCUGUCCUCUUUUACAGAAGCUCUAUUCAUUAUGAGGAUUUUUUCUCACAUUUACGUUUUUGUUGGUGGAUAAAUUUCACCGUGUAUGGUGGGUGGUAGUGUUGCGUGAAUGAAAGCAAGUCACCUCUUGAUUCACCUCGACUGCAAUGACAUCAAUCUCAUCACAUAUGGUAUCUAACCUGAAGCAAAAGAUACACUCCAGAGGACACCGAGAGAAAUUGCUUAGAUGGAGAAUAUCUUUGCACAUUUCCACAGCGAUGAACUUUAAAAUUUCACUAUAUACAUGGAAUUUCUUGCACAUACAGCUCCCCCAUUCACAUAUAUGGUAUUCAGUUGUCGGUAGAAUUUUCACUGCUGCGGUUGCACAAAGUCAAAUCUCUUUUGGUCGAUAGCUACACAUACCCUACAUACGUACAUACAUAUACGUAUUUAUUCACCGCGAGAGGGAUGUUUGCCAGGAUGAGGUGCAAUUUCCUGUGCAUACUGCUGUGGAUAAACAUUUCAUUGGUGGUGUCUGAGGGUAGAUUUGCAUAUUUGAAUGAUCUCCCACUCAGUGCACUUUUGCGAGUCAAGAAAACUUUUAGUGAAAUGUUCAGCAGUGAUACAUGUUCGCGCGAAGAGAAAUGUGAUGGCAAGGUGACCGAAUAUAGGUUUAUUGAUGCACCAAAUCAACUUGAGCAUACACUUCUCGAUGGGAAUCAUCAAAAUAUCACAGCUGCACCACUUAUUGGCCACAUUGGGCAUCCCAUGCAGAAAAUCCAUAAAUCAGCAGAAGGUUGGCAAGAAAUGAAGCCGAGUAAGGUGCAAAAGAUCUUUCAGCUAAGUGUCACGGCCCUGGCAUUCUUAGCCUUUGGUGGUUACCUCUUGUGCAUGAUUGUGCAGGCCAUCAAGAGUAAAGGUACAACAUACUAUCACCCAGCAAUGAUGCCCAUGAAUGGAGCUGCGGCCACGAGUAUUAAGAAAAAGCGCCCUUCCUUUGGACGUCGUCGAAAGCGUCGCAAUGCACCAGAGAAUGACGAUCAAAUGGCCACCCCAAGUCCUGAUGACCUAUACAGAGGACUAGUCUUGGCAGCUGAACAAUUCGUCAAGUUGAAUCAAAUUUAGUUCUAUUAAAAGUUAACUCCCAUCUGUGGACUAUUUAGUGCAUUCUGUGUUAUAUAGUAUGUGUAUUAUUUUCUCUAUGUGGAAAAUAAAUCUUUCGCACUGGAUGUUCCCUUUCAACCAUUGCUACUGUUUUUUUUUUUAUUUUGGUGCUAUCCGUGUUUGUGAUAUGGGACAGAAAUAAUUGCUUUUUACUUCCACGAAAAGUGGAACUCUAUUUCCUCUCCAAAAGCCCUUCUUUCAAACGAGAGGAUUUAUGGGUUUCGGGAUAAAAAGGCAUGUGUCAGAUUGCAAGGAUUUUCUUUUAGAGGAUUUCACUCGUUAUUUUAAUCAAAGAGGAUUAAAUAAAAUUCGAAUGGCAAUAAUAUACCUAACCACCUAUCUAUAUGUAAUUAAUUUUUGACCCUUAUUAUUUCGGAUUAUUUUUUUUUAAAUACUUUUUAUGUUAUGAUACUAUUACACAUAAAUAUUUAAUGUAAAAUGCGAUGGCCUAGCCAGGGGGAGAGUGUUUGGAUGAUCAUUAUCAAAGUUUAAAUGGCGUUAAAUUCAUUUUACUACGAAUCAGUCCAAGAAAAAGUCGUAACCAAAUUUUGUUUUCAAAUUAUCGUAGGGCAUUGUCAAAUACUCAAGACCAGUGUAACCAUUUCCCUGAAACACGCUGGGAAAUAUACGA